UAAGGAUUGACACGUGGGGGAACGCGCUGGAUGCUGCCCCGCGUCAGGUACCGAUUCAAGUUCAUUUUUUUUGCUUCCCCCAGUACCUAAUCAAGCUAACUAGGUCUAGCAAAAAAGUCUAUGUGUGCAGAUACAGUUAUUUGCUACCUGCAAGACAUCCAGCUUUUCAUGAAUAUUCAAAAACCACUAUCAACUUAAUCCCUGGCACAACACAAUCCCAAAGCCAAUCCACAUCAUACAAAACUCAAAAAAUGGCGUCCACAGCAACCAACCCACCCCCGAUAAGAGCCUGCCUCUUUGACAUGGACGGCCUCCUCCUGGACACGGAGGACCUGUACACCAAGUGCAUCAACGUCGUGCUGGCCAAGUACUCGCGGCCCAACCUCCCCUGGUCCAUCAAGGCCAAGCUGCAGGGCCGCCCCGCCGCCGAGGCGACCAACAUCUUCCACUCGUGGGCCGACCUCCCCAUCAGCAACGAGGAGUACCUGGCCGAGUUCUCGGCCCUGCAGCGCGAGCACUUCCCCACCGCGGCGCCGCUGCCCGGCGUCGAGAAGCUGCUGGCGGAUCUGCAGAGGGCUCGGGACGGCAACGACGACGAGCCCACCCGCAAGGUGCACCUCGCGCUGGCGACCAGCUCGACGCAGGUCAACUUCAAGCUCAAGUCGUCGCACCUGGCGGACCUGUUUAGCGUCUUUAAGCCCGAGCACCGCGUGCUGGGCGACGACCCGCGCAUCCCCAAGGGGAGGGGCAAGCCGCUGCCCGACAUCUACCUCGUGGCGUUGGCGGCGCUGAAUGCGUCGCUGCCCGAGGCGGAGCCCGAGAUCCGGCCCGAGGAGUGUCUGGUGUUUGAGGACAGCGUGCCGGGCGUCGAGGCCGGGCGCAGGGCCGGCAUGCAGGUCGUCUGGGUUCCGCAUCCAAUGCUCAAGAAGGAGUACGAGGGCCGAGAGGACGAGAUCUUGGCUGGGAGGAUGGGGGAGGCUGGCGAUGUGGCCGACGGAGGAAAGGUGGGUGAGAUUGGCGACGGGUGGGGACUGUAUCUGGAGACGUUGGAGAAUUUCCCUUAUGACAAGUACGGCAUCCAAAUACCGUCAUCAAGCAGUUGAAUCUGGCACUGGAGAUAGACAUCAAGCAUGUAGGGCCAAGGCGAUUAGACUCAUGAACAGUAAAUUCAACGCACACAUCGGAAAUA